CGCUCAAUCCCGUCCGACGACGACAGAGACGACCGCGUCGGAAUCAGCCAGCAUAACUUGGGCUUUCCAUGCUCAUGUGAUCCAUGCACUCUUUUCUCAACCCUUCAAUCGCAACUCUCACCGUCCGACCUGCAGCGGUGUUAGUCCUGAUCACGCUCCCGCUCGUUUGAACAUCUCUUACGACACACUCUUUCGCACAAACCUCCUUUUUCUUGAUCAUGGCCGAAACCAGGGACGCAGUCGAAUUCAACAGGAUCAUUCAGGCCGACCGCGAGAAGAAGAGGAAGCAGGAACUCGCCGACAAGAUCUUCAGUCGUCGCUCCAGCGCUCCUUCAGCAGGCGCACUUGGAGCUCACAAGGGACUGGCUGGAGCAUCUACGCUAGCGAGCAGAAUCACGAAGCCCGGCCAAACGGCGAGGACUACCAAGUCGGGCGGAAACCCAUUGUCUAGAGUGCAGCAAACCGUCGCUUUGAAACGGUCUGCAUCCACUCCACAGUUAGCUACCGGCAGCGUCAUCCGUCGCAACCAAGCCCUCGAUGUCCUUGUCAAUGGCGGUCGUUCUAGUCGCGCAAACGAAGUUGAUGCCCAAGCCAACAUCCACAGCGUCCGUGUGUCGCCAGGUGCAGGAUUCAACAUCAAAGGUAGCGCCGUGCAGAUGAAUCCGCCGCGCGAGUAUGCCGUGGUGGCGCAAAACUUUGCUCCUGGUACCACCGCGGAGGACAUCAGAGCCGUGUUUGUACCCGACCCUACGGCUGCUGGUUUGAUUUCGUGCCAACUGCUCGUUAGCCACCCAACCGUCAUCGCGGAGCUGGUGUUCGACAACCAGGACGCGGCCGAGGAAGUGGUAAAGAAGUACAACGGUAGGACAGCAGACAACCGAGUGCUCUACGUCUAUCACUCGGACGCUCCCGCUGUAGCACGGAGCGCGGUUGCGCCUGUCAAAGGCGUCCAGAGAUCUCACGAGCUGGUCACAAGUCACGACGAUGAGUUGAUGGACAUGGAAGAAAACCGGCGGACGCGGCAGGCGCCUUACACGGCACCAAAAGGUCCACGCGCUUUGGUUGACGUGCAAGAUGGGCGCUACGGCUUUGCGGAAAACGAGUAUCGGCCAAGGAAUAGUGCGAGAACGGACGGAGCGCUGGUCUCGGACAGUAUGAUCUCAAGGCAACGCCCCAGAGGCAACCGCCAGUAUAGGCGAUGAGCGCAUGCGGGCAGAUCUACCGCGUUUCGAAGAUCGAAACAAGGUUUCAAAGCAAGGUGCGAUAUCAGCGCGACCACAGUAUUCGAGACGUCUGAAGCCCAUCUUUACUUUAUCGAUGUUGUUGUUAGAGUUACGUUGUAAAGAUACUUUCUUUAUUCUGAACUGCGCUGAAACCUAGAUGCCAUUAGUGUGGCCGCUCAAGCGCCAAGUUUGUCUAAGUGCGGGGCACCAAAAUGCAGCCAGAAGAAAUGGCUGGAAUGAAUUGAUUUUGAACGUUGCUAAA